AUGUCCACCGCGGAGAAGGUUUUCUUACCUAUCCCACCACCGGUAACACCCUACAAGGAUGAUCCUCGGGCCGUUCUGUCCAAGUCCGAGCAGGCAAUGUAUGAUGAGGUGUUAGCACACUUUACCCGUGCCGACCCAGUCUACGUUAUCCCCAACAUUGAGAAGGGCGAGCUCACUGAACAGGAGAAGUUUUGGCUAUCUCGUGAAUGCCUUCUUCGGUAUCUUCGUGCAUCCAAGUGGAAGGUUUCUGGGGCAAUACAGAGAUUGGAAAGCACUUUAGCAUGGCGUCGUGAAUUUGGCAUGUACGACACUCUUAAUGCCAAUCUCGUCGAGCCUGAGGCAGUUACUGGAAAAGAAGUACUCUAUGGCUAUGACACCACCGGAAAGCCAGCAUGCUACAUGAUUCCUAGUCGCCAAAAUACGACAGAGGGGACGCGUCAAAUCCAAUACGCGGUCUGGAUGCUUGAGCGCUGCGUUGAUUUGAUGGGCCCUGGUGUCGAGACUCUCGCACUCCUCAUCAAUUUUGGAGACAGAGGCAAGAACCCAUCGGUCUCCACUGCUCUAUCCGUGUUGCACAUCCUGCAGAACCAUUAUCCUGAACGCCUGGGUCUCGCGCUCAUCAUCAAUGUUCCCUUCCUUGUCAACGCGUUCUUUAAGAUGGUCAUGCCCUUAGUUGACCCCAUUACACGUCAAAAAGUUAAGUUCAACCCGGAAAUUUUCAAAGAUGGGUUCUUCACCAAGGACAAUGUCAUGAGGGAAUGGUCUGGAGACUGCAACUUUGAGUACCAACACGAAAAAUACUGGCCCAACCUGGUCAGUAUAUGCGAGGAGCGCGUCAAGAUUUGGUUUGAGAACUGGAAGGCCCUCGGCGCGAAGAUUGGGAUCAGCGAGUGGGCAUACAAGCAAACUGGUACCCCAAACCUCGAGGAAGAGAAAAAAGGGGAGGCUUCAGUUACCGUCUCCCCUGCCGCUGAUGCUGCAGAGUCUAUUGCAACUCCCGGGGCUACUACAACCACAGCCAACGCUGCGCCAGAGACGACGGGCAAAGUGACUGAAGAGCCAUCCGCUGAAACGCCAGUCAAGAAAUCAGCUGGUGAAGCACCCGCUCCCGUUGCUUCUCAUGCUACCAGCACUGGGGCCGCUGUUGUUGCAGGUGGUGCUAUCAGUGGAGCAGAUGCGAAUGCUGGGGACAGCUCAGCUGCUGCCGACGGAGGAGCUGCAGAGUAG